AUGAGGGACUCCAUUAAGAUUGGAGAAAGACGGCUUCAGAGAAAUCCUCGCUGCAUUCUGCAGAACAUCAAAUUCCCAAGAGAAGACUUCAUCAUCAAAGCUGACAUCCCUGGACCAUCGGAACUCCCUUCUCAUGCAUCUUCUGAAUUCUCUGUUUUACAGCAACUCUCCCCAAAUACACCUGACUCUACACUACUCCCCAAAACUCAGGAAGGAGAAGACACAAAUCCUUCCAACACCCAUGCCAAACAGGCACUUUGUUCCUUAUUUUCAGAUAGUCUGUUAUCAGAAACCCACAACACACUCUCCUCAGUGUUUCCCCAUGCUCCCUCACUGGAUAACCCAUUCCUAGGCAUAACACUGUUACUUCUUGCACCCUCACCCAGACAACGUGUUGCUGCACUCCCUUCAUUUUCUGGACCCAGAUUAUCUGCUCUUCAGAUUCCAUCACUUUCCACAACUCCACUACAAGUUCUGCUGACCACAUCAAUUUCAUCACCACCUCCAAAACUCACACUAGUACAAAUGUUUUCAUCAAUAUUCAGAAUGCCUCUCUGUGGCACCGACACCGCUCCCAAGUUUGAUGGCACCACAACUCGUCUCCUCGCAUACUUAGAGGAUGUUGCUCUGCUCAGCAAUCAUGCUGGUCUAAUGGAUGAAGCGUGCAUCAAGGCCAUCUGUUAUGCUCCCAUUGAAGAAUCUGAGACAUGGGAAAUGCUCAACAAAGCUGACAGCAAUGAUUGGAAAAAGUUUUACAAUGCACUUAAACUCCUGUACCCAGGAUGUGAAGGUGACUGUCACUAUACUUGGAACGACCUAGAAAACCUCUGUAUGGAACAGUCACAUAUCCCUAUCUGCACGCUCGACAAAUUCAGAAUGUAUUAUUGGAGCUUCCUGAAGAUCUCCAAGUUCCUGAUGACAAAGAAGAAACUUGCCAGCUCAAAUGUGACAAAUUGUUCCUAG